UUUGUCUUUUUCCAUUUCAUUCAACACGAGUACUGCCACCAUGGAUCAGUACAUUCGGAUGGCGGGCAGCGAGCUCGCUCGGCGCAAUGGACUCGGCUUUGGCCAGCUGCUCUCGCUCGCCGGAUCGCACCUGUCGCCGUCCAACGCCCGCUUCCGCGGCCAGCUGCUUGACCUCUCUCAGCGGCCUGGCGCGUUGCAGGCCUUCUGGGACCAGAACGGGCUCCGCUCUGCCGGCUCGGCCGUUGAGGACAAGUACCAGGACGCCGUGCUGUGGCACCUCCACGCUGCCGGCGCGCUGCUCAAGUACGAGCAAGCAGGAACAGGGUCAGGGUCUCAAUCGGCGUUGCUGCAGGAGGCGUACGCGGCGCAGGCAAACCUCGUCAAGAGCGUCCUGCUUGCGCUCAAUCGCGACGAGUCCAACUGGAUGGUCGAGACAGUCAAGGCCAUCACGGUCGAUCUGCGUUCAACUGCAAUUCGCGCGGACGACGAUCUCAUUGCCCAGCGGCGGAAACCCGUCAACCGCGACGAGGCCGGUCGCACGCUCAUGGAAGCAUUCAAAGCAUGCAGCGAUCGCAACCCGCUCGAGACCACAAAGCGUCUGGGAUGCCUCCAUGUCGCAAACCAGCUGCUCAAGCUGUACUUUAACCUCAACAACUUUCAGCAAAGCAUCAAUCUCAUCAAAAACGUCAAGGCAGGAGGCAAUGUGCUUUCGCUGGAUCACUUCCCAGUAUCGCACGUCGUCACAUUCCGCUUCUUCCAUGGCCGCGUUCUGCUGCUGGAAGGCAAUUAUCUCGAAGCUGAAAAGGAGCUUGGCCUUGCGCUCGACCGAUGCCACCGAAAUUGCAUUUCGCAUCGCCGUCUGAUUUUGCUGUAUCUUAUUCCAGUGAGACUCUUGCUCGGUCGCAUUCCUCAGGCUGCGCUCCUGUCCAAGUAUCGCUUGGCGCAAUUUGUCGACAUUGUUACGGCUGUUCGGCAAGGCAACAUUCGGUUGCUCAACUCUGCCUUGGCGACACACCAAGCCUUCUUUAUUAAGCGAGGCAUCUAUCUUGUGUUGGAAAAAUUGCAGCUCUUGUGUAUGCGCACGCUGUUCAAGAAGGUGCAUGCUAUUCUUAAUGAUGCUAAGCUGCCCGUCAGCGCGUUCGUCACGGCGCUAAAUUGGAUGGGCAUUGAUGCCGAUAUGGACGAGGCAGAGUGUCUGCUGGCGACAUUGAUUAGCGAAAAACGCAUCAAAGGCUACAUUGCGCAUCAGCGUAACAUUCUCGUGCUUUCGAAAAAUCAGCCAUUCCCGCCUUUGACGUUGUAACUGACAACCGAACGAAUGAACAUCCGAGGGACUACCAUUAAAUUGUGUGUGUUCAUUUGAGCAAAUUAACGCAAAAUAGAGCAAAAUAGAGCAAAGAGAAC